GAUAUUGACUAUUUUAUUGGUUAAGUCAAAUGAAAAACCUUCUGGGAAUUGCUUUUUUACAGGGUGAAUUGUUUUAUUCUUUCGAAUAGUUUUCCUUAUUUAAAACAAACAAAGCAUUUAACGAACAAUGUGUUCAAAUAAUUCUUAAUACUCAAAAAAAAUGAAUUUAUAUGAAAUGAUUUGGAUUUCGAAAUUAAAUUCAACCGUUUUGAAGAAAAACCAUUUAAAAUUAUUUUUGAAUCGUAUUUUUAAGAAAAAUAUUUAUUUGAAAAGACAAAUUAUUUCGAGAAAAUUUUUAUCUGAAACUUUUGAUUGUAGCAUCUUCAUUUAACCAACCGAAGUUUUGUCCAACAGCAGUUUGGAAUCCAUAUGGAAUUGCUUUUGCUAAUCAAAAAACAAUUGGGAAAAAUCCUCGCGCCCUUUUUAUUAAUAUAAACAACACAAUUUACACAGUUAAUCAAAAGAAGAAACAAAUCUUAAUGUGGAUUAACAACAGAACCAAACCAAAUAAGAUUACUUCUGACAAUUCCUUUAGUUCAUCGUCCAUUUUCGUUACAAAUAAUGGUGAUAUUUAUUAUGAUAAUGGUUAUUUGAAUGGUCGAGUUGAUAAAUGGAUAUCAAAUACAACUACUUCUGUUAAUGUCAUGAAUGUUAAUUCAUCAUGUGAUGGUCUCUUUAUCGAUAUUAAUGAUACUUUAUAUUGUUCAAUGUAUUUGCAUAAUAUAAUUGUGAAAAGAUGGUUAAAUGAUAAUGAAAUGAAUACGACAAUCGCAGCUGGAACAGGUUUUAAUGGUGAUGCUUCGGAUGAACUUGAUGGUCCUUGGGGAAUCUUUGUUGAUGUAAACUUGGAUUUAUAUGUAGCAGAUUGUUUCAAUGAUCGAAUUCAAUUAUUUAAAAACGGAGAAUCAAAUGGAAUAACAAUAGUUGGAGAAGAAUCAUCAAAUAACAUUAUUGAUCUCUAUGGUCCAACAGGAAUUGUAUUAGAUGCUGAUAAAUAUCUGUUUAUUGUCGAUCAAGGGAAUAGUCGUAUAAUUAGAGCGGGAUCAAAUGAUAUGCAAUGUAUAAUUGGAUGUGAUAAAGAAGGAUCACAAUCCCAUCAAUUAUCAAAUCCAACAACUCUUAGUUUCGAUAGUUAUAGAAACAUAUUUAUUACUGAUACUGAAAAUAGUCGCAUUCAAAAAUUCGAUUUCUUAUCGAAU